AUGAGGCGAGUUUACCAUGGCGGCAGAUACUACCAUGAUGAUAUUGGCGUUGAUGUAGUCGGAGCCCGGCUCGUUGGAGUCGCCGUCGUUCAGCACCACCCGCGUGUGGUCGACUGGAAGCAGAGGCCCACACAGAGCAGGGGUCAGCCCUCAGGCCGCCCUCAGGCUUUUACAAACAAAGAGCGGGGGAAGACGGGCCCGGUGUUCGGUGGCGUCCCCGGUGGCGUCCCCUCUGGGUCGUCCCAUUGUCCGUCCGGCCGCUCCGUUCUGUGUCUGACCGGGACGCCGUUUGCCUGCAGGCGGAAUGGCGCCGUCACCCACAUCAAGAUCCAGAACACGGGGGACUACUACGACCUGUACGGCGGGGAGAAGUUCGCCACGCUGGCGGAGCUGGUGCAGUAUUACAUGGAGCACCACGGGCAGCUGAAGGAGAAGAACGGAGACGUCAUCGAGCUCAAGUACCCACUCAACUGCGCUGACCCCACGUCGGAGAGGUGA